AUGCAACAUUUUAUUUUAAAAAUUUUAAUUUAUAGGAGUCCAAGUGACAAAUCUCUAUCUUCUGAUCAAUAUCAUAUAGAUGAAGCUAACUUUUGGGAUGAUGAUGAUAGCAAUGACAUAUUUGAAAUGCCGAAAAAAAGGAGUAAAGAGAAGAGUCCAGUUUUGAUGACAUCUCAAGUGAUGGAAACUAAAAUGUUAAAUAAUGUGGAAAGUACAAUUUUAAAUUCAUCCAGUGAAAGUCAGAGUAAAAUUCCAGACAAAGAUGAAUGUUGUUUCGAUUUAGAUUUCGAAUCUGACUUUUCACUCGAAAUCGGAUGUGAUAAAAAUGAUACUUUAGAAAAUUGUAAAUCACCAACUUUUGAUUUACCUGUGAAUCCUAGUAAACUCAGUAGUAAUUCUUUUGUAGAAAGUCCAAAAUUUGAGAAAUCAAAAAAUUUAAAUUUAAAUUUUUCUAAUGUUGAAUUAACUGAAUCGAAUAAUGAUAGCCUAAAUUUAAAUUCUAUACAAAAAGAUAAAUUGAAGCCGAUAGGAAUAAACAAAGAAACUGGAAUGUGGUUGAGUAAAAUGAUAGAAAAUGAAGCUUUUCAAAAUAUUUCAAUGGAUACAUCGGAAGAGACUCUACAAAAUAAUUUAUUAUUUUUAAAUAAGUUAUACAUUGAAAUAUUAGAGAAAAUAAUGUCAGCUUUUGAAAGUUUACCUUUAGAAAUGCUAAAAUGGUUUCCUGAUUUUGAUGCUGAUAUAUGUGUCACUUUAAGAACGACUAAAAGAAGAGUGAAAGCUAUAAUUAUAAAAACAGAAAAUUUAUUGAAAAAAAAAUCUGCUUUCGAAUCUUCCACUGAUUAUAACUUAAGUAAAUCUUCAUUACAGCCUACAAAUUCAUUAGAUGUGUCAAAUUUUUCUUUAAACAGUACAAAUAUUUCUGAAAAUUUUCCAGUCGGAAAUGAAAAUAAUUCAAGAUCAUUUUUUUCUGAAAAUGAUUACAAUCAAGAGAUUCAUAACGUUUCAGCUCAUAACUCUACAUCGACUCAGUUGGGUGUAAUUGAUUAUACUGACAUGUUAUACAAAUCUCCAGAUAAAACAGCAGCAAUUGAAAAUGCUUCUAAAAAUUCGAGUGCAUCUCAAAGUAAUAUGAAAAAUGAUUCUGCACAGUUUAACGGUUUGACUUAUCCACAUUCGCAAGAUUUAAUAAAAAUGUUUCAUUUAAAAUUUGGACUCAAAAGUUUUCGAACAAAUCAACUUCAAGUAAUGAAUGCUGCUUUAUUAGGUCAUGAUUGUUUUGUACUUAUGCCUACAGGAGGAGGAAAAUCAUUGUGUUAUCAAUUACCCGCCAUAGUUUCACAAGGAGUCACUGUUGUUAUAUCACCUCUCAGGUCGUUAAUUUUGGAUCAGGUUACAAAACUUGUGACAUUAGAUAUAAAAGCCUGUCAUUUGUCAGGAGAUGUAAAAGAGAGUGAAGUUGUUGACAUAUACAGGAAAUUAAACAUGCCCGAACCGGAAAUAAAGCUUUUGUACGUGACACCGGAAAAAGUAGGAGCGAGUACAAGUUUAAGAAAUAUUUUUUCGAGAUUAUAUAAUCGAAACAUGUUGGCCAGGUUUGUCAUCGAUGAAGCUCAUUGCGUGUCCCAAUGGGGUCACGAUUUCAGACCAGAUUACAAAAAAUUAAGAGAACUUCGGGAAAAUUAUCCUAAUGUAAAUAUAAUGGCAUUAACAGCGACAGCAACACCUAGAGUUAGAAUCGAUAUUUUACAUCAGUUAAAAGUAAAAAGUCCAAAAUGGUUUCUGUCUAGUUUCAAUAGAUCAAAUUUAUGUUAUGCAGUGAAAGAAAAAAAAGGAAAAUCAACUCUGAAAGAUAUUGCUGCUUUAAUACAACAGGAAUUUUCUCGAGACACGGGUAUCAUAUAUUGUUUUUCUCGAAAGGAAUGCGAAGAUGUUGCAAGAGAUUUGAAAGUACACGGUAUUGGAGCGAUACCCUAUCAUGCAGGUUUAAACGACACCGAAAGGACAAAGGCUCAAAACCUGUGGAUGAACGGAAAAGUAAAAGUCGUUUGUGCAACGAUAGCUUUUGGAAUGGGCAUUGAUAAAUUGGACGUGAGAUACGUGUUUCAUUAUAGUUUACCCAAAAGUAUCGAAGGAUACUAUCAGGAAUCUGGUCGAGCUGGACGAGAUGGAGAAAAAGCCACAUGCAUACUUUAUUACUCAUACAGAGACAAACAUAGAAUGUUGAAGUUGAUCAACAUGGAUCAAUCAAUGUCAAACAUGGCGGCGAAAAAAGUACACAUUGACAAUUUGUAUAGAGUUGUUGCUUUUGCGGAAAAUGUGACUGAUUGCAGGAGGAGUUUGCAAUUGAAUUAUUUCGGUGAAAAAUUUGACCGGAAAGUUUGUAUUGAAAACAGAGAAACUGCUUGCGAUAAUUGUCUACAAAAGGGUUUCUACGAAACGGUGGACGUUACCGCAGAAAGCAAAGCUAUCGUGUCCGCCAUUAAAGAAGUUUGCGGUCCAGAUCAUCAGAAACAUUCGAAUUACACGAUGCUCCAUUUUGUGGACAUCUUCAAAGGAACGGGUAUGAAAAAAGUCGAGUCUGAGGGACACCAAAAUUUACCAUUGUGCGGAAUGGGUAAAUCCUGGCAAAGACUGGAUGCGGAAAGGUUAAUUAGAAAAUUAAUCAUGGAAGAAUUUUUAAAAGAGAGAAUCAUGGUGAAGGACGAGGGUAUGACUUGUGCUUAUUUGAAAUGCGGACGACGGGGAGAUGAACUUUUAAAGGGAAACGUGAAAAUAAUGUUCGAUAUUAAAAAAUCGAAGAAAAGUACUCCGGGAGCCAGCACGUCGAAAACAACGAAAACUUCUGUCGAUCCAGCCAUUUUGGAAAUACAAGAAAAAUGUUAUACCGAACUCAUGGAUGUCAUUCGUGGGAUCGCAAGUUCUCUCAAUUGCAAUCCGAACGCAAUAAUGAACGUUCAAGCUCUUCGAUCCAUGUCUUACAAUCUACCUGAAACUCCCGAAGAAAUGUUUUUAAUUAAUCACGUGACAACGGCUAAUUUUGAAAAAUACGGAAAUAUACUUUUGGAAAUCACGAAAAAAUACGCGGAAGAAAAAAAAGCUAUAACUUCCGUACCGGAAGUCAAUUUCCCAGACGAAGAUUUUUUCACGGAAGAUGAACCGUGGUCGACCGAAAUACUCAACGAUAAUAAUUCUCAUGAGGAUACGGAAGUAACUUUUUGCGGUAAGGAAAAAGGAAAUAGAAAAAGGAAAGGGACAAAUUUUCGCAAAUGGUCAAAUACGAAAAAAUGGAAAGGAUCGACAAAUAAUUCGAGCAAAGGAACGACGAAAUCUAAAUCGAAAGGAAAAAAUGAUUUUAAAGUCGCAUCCGACGGAUCGGGAGUCACGACAUUUUCCGGGGGAGGAGCAUUUUCCAAACUUAUGGAAUUACCUACGAGUAAAGAUCGAGUAUUCAAUUGUUAA